UUCCCACAAGGGUUUUGGGUUUUGGGUUCUGGGUUAGGGUUUUAGGAUUUUUGAAUGAUGGUUACAGUCUGCUGUUCGGAACCGGAAUCAUGGUUUAGGGUUUCAGAUUCUUAAUCUUCGUGUAUAGUUGUAAAGAAAUGUAUGAACAUACCCAAACUUGGCAUGUCGAGUUUAGCCUGAAUUUUCGCGGAGAUUAGGAUUUUCUUCAAAAAUCAAACCUCAUUCAAGAUACUAGCACGCACAAUGUGUUUCAUGUUUGUGGUUUGUUGACAAGUUUUGCUUCAAUUCCUCCUUUGAGUGUGUUGAAUUCUCCCAUUCAUUUCAGGUGUUUUCCACUCCAAUCCCAUUUGGGCUUUCUUGAUUUUUCGACCGAAUGCAUUUGCAUUAGGAUAUGAUCAUCUGAGUCAUUUCAUAAUUGAUAUCCUCUGAAGGCAUCUAUUACCUUCAAACAGAAGUAAUCUCAUUCGGUCUAUAAGUUGAAUGUUCAUUGAUCUCAGGUCUUUUCUGCUCAAAUCUCAUCUGGGUUUCUUGAUAUUUCAACUGAGACCCACUUCCGAUUCAAGUAUCUCCAUCUGGGUCAUUUCAUAAUUGAAAGAUAUUUCUCACCUCAAACAGAUCUUGUCCCAUUUGGAUUGUAAGUUGAAUCUUAACUCCUCUCGCGUGUUUUCUGCUUAAACCCCAUCGGGGUUUUCUUGAGAUUUCAACUGGUACGGCUCCCAAUUCAGAAAGUUCAUCUGAAAGAUAAACCCUAGAACAGAACGGUUUCAAGCUCUGAAUCGAACUAACAUGAGCUUUCCUACAAAUACUCCUCCAGUUUUCGCCCCAUACGCAGAAUCCUGCGGUGAUGCUCUUGAAUGUUGGCCUCAAUUCCCAAUGGACAGAAGCUCAGAAAAUUGUCCCCACAUUGAAACCCCAUUAUUCAAGAAGCCUAAAAUUUCUGAAACAGUGACCAAUCUCAGGAUGCCUGGAUCAAAUAACAAAGUCAUGACUGAUACUUUCUUCAAGACCCAACUCUGCAUGAAAUUCAGAUUGGGUACUUGUAUCAAUGGGGAUGAAUGUAACUUUGCCCAUGGCACUGGAGAUAUUCGAAGGCCUCUGCCUCAUGGGCAGGAGCUUAGUUGCAAGGAGGGAUAUGUGGCUGGGAUAUGGAAUCGAGACCAUAGGUUAAACAGUAAAAUGAAGCUAUGCAGGAUUUUUAGUAGAGGAGAAAAAUGCCCAUAUGGGGAAAGGUGUAAUUUUCUUCACGAAGGUUUCGAGAAGUGUAGGGAAGGUUCAGGUAAGUUUAGGGAGAGUUCUUCCAUAAGCAUUGGAUGUACUGGAUCAGCAAGGGGUUACAGGAAUGGUUCUGGUCAAUUGGAGUUCAAGAGGUUUGGGGAUUCAAGUUUGAAUGCUAAUCAGGUGAAUGCAAAUCCAGGAUUCUGGAGAACUAGGCUCUGUCACAAGUGGGAGAUGUCUGGUAACUGUGCAUACAGGGAGAAAUGUGUCUUUGCUCAUGGACAAGCUGAACUGAGGAAGCAUGCAGUACAACCUGAAGGUGGGAAGGAACAUGCAGCUCCAAAGACUCUCCCUUCUGCCAAGGCUGAUGCAUUGACCCAUAAAACAGGGCCAGGAGCUACAUAUAACCAGCCACUUCAGGAGAAGAAGUGCGCAUUCAAAUGGGAAAAGCUGGGGAAGAUCAAUGGCAUCUAUGCUGAUUGGAUUGAUGAUAUGCCCCUUGUGCAUAGCUCUGUCAAGUAAAGUGAAGGCCUGAAUAUGAGUUUUGUAAAUGUCAACGGCUAGACUUCAAAGUUCAUUACACCAUUUUGUAUAGAUAACAGAAGGUUGUUACAUUUAGCUUCCAAAUUUCAAAGUAACAUCACUCCAUUUUGUAUAGAUUGGAGAAGUUAGUCACAUUGCUUCCCAAUUUGUCUUGAGACUUCACUUCAAUUGCAAGACAUAUGGAUUUGAUUUGAAGUG